AACCACUAAUCUGUGCACAAUUUCACCACCAAAGAAAUCCCACACACAAAUAAUUAAAACCCCUCUUGUAUUAAUUAAGCCAAACAAUAUGGCAAAAGAUGCCUUAAGCCAUCUUCAUCCCUCAUGUGAUGAGGAACAUGAUGGCCAUUCUUCUGGAUCUUGUAUUGAGAAGAAGCUCAAAUUGUUUGGUUUUGAGCUGAAUCCAUGCAAGAUUAAUAAUAAUAUCGAUCACGAAACGAGCUCUUUGAAAGGCGGCGGCUCAUCAGCAGAAUUAGGAGAUGAGAGUGUCAACUCCUCAAACUCUGUACCUCCCAAGGAGAUCACCAUAAAAAGCUCGCCAGAUCAUAUUAAUCAUGACAGGAAGUUUGAGUGCCAGUAUUGCUUCAAGGAGUUUGCGAAUUCGCAGGCGUUGGGAGGCCAUCAAAAUGCCCACAAGAAGGAGAGAAUGAAGAAGAAAAGGUUGCAGCUUCAAGCCAGGAAAGCCAGCCUCAGCUAUUACCUUCAACCUUUCCAAAACAGCCUUGGCUUUUCAUACCAAUAUAAUUCAGGCUCAAAUACUACUUCCACUACUACCCCACCAAUGUUGUUUGAUAAUUAUUAUUCCUCUUCAUAUAAUGCCUCAGAUUUGACCUUCCAUGAUGAGUCCCAACAGAUUAGUUUCAACCCUUUUGAAUAUGCUGAUCAUCAUAAUUCUUCUCAGCUAUCUAAUAGUAAUAGUUGGUAUUCUUCACCAACUAAUUACGAUAAUUACAAUUAUACCCCUUCCAUCCAAGAAACAUGCAAGUUCACCUUAACAACACAUGCUUCAGACAACAUGAGAUCAGGAGGAGCAAACAAUGGAUCUUCUGUCAUCUUCAAGCCUUCUCCGAAACAAAGCUGUAAAUCUUUAGAUCUUCAGUUAGGUCUAGGAUUUCAAUCAAAGAUAGCUAGCUCCUCCCCAAGUGGGAUAUGAAAAAGCAAAAAAAAAAAAGAAAAAGAAAAAGAAAAGAGUUUUUAGCAGUGUAGGUUAAACAGUGAUGUGUUAAUGUCUUCUUCAACAGUGACUUUGAUU